AUGAGAUCAAACGAUGCGAACGAUGAGGAAGAAGGGACGCUCGGCACAUGUCGUGCACGACAUCAGGUUUCAAAGUCUUUUCACCUUGGAUCCAAUUACGAUAAUCUACCAAGUGUCAAUCAACUUGGACAUCGAUCAUUCGCUCCUGCUUUAUCAUCAUCAUCGUUGUCAAUUACUUCAUCUUCUAGACCCCCAUUACCAUCUUCUUCUUUAACCUCUUUAUCAAACCCAACCUCAUUGAAACCGGCGACUGAAAAAACAGUUGAUCUUGAUUCUUAUUUUUUGGAUCUAGACGGUGAAAAAGAUUAUCAUAUACUCCACGCAAUCUCUAAAUUAAGAACUGGUUUAAAUGAUCGAAGUUCACGGACCAACUACAUUCAUCUCGAUCAAAUUUCUAUUUUUAAUGAAACCAAGGAGAAAAGUCUUGAAAUUGCAUUAGGAUUAAAAGAAGUGGUGGUGGAAGAAGAGGCAGAUCAAGAAGAAGAAUGGAUCCACAGUGAAUGGAAAGCUCUAAUCGGAAAACAAAAGGUCGAAUCAACUGAUAUUCGCAAGUUGAUCUUAUCUCGUAAAGUUUUACAACCGAUCGAUUUGAAAGAAUGGUUAGAUUCACCUUUAAUGUAUGAUUUACCCGAUUUAAGUCUUGGAGUUUUAUUACGAUUGGAUCCAUUAGCUUCCGGUACUACUCCACUCCCUACGGUUUCGCAAUUGUAA